CUAAGAAUGCCAAACCAAGAAUGCCAUUCACCACACAUACCUAAAUAAACUGUGCUCAAUAAUAUAUCUAUGUUGCAUAGGCUUUUAAGUCACUGAAGAGAAUAAACCACUAACUGGACAUGAAAAUACUUCUGGGAUGAAAUGUGAAAAGGAAUCUUUCAGAGUAAGAGUUAUGCUAGUGUUGUCUACAGAGAUAUCAAGCUCAUUCCAUUCCGAACACAGCAAGAAGACUUUGAAGGAAAGAAGAUGUGGUGGCUUAUUGCAACAGCCUGCUUAAUACAAACAAUUGGAAGCUCAGAAGAAAUAACCAGGAGAAAAAGAGAUGUGAAUCCUGAAAUCCAUAUGAAUGUUAGUCAGGUGAUUGUCUACAGAGGAUAUCCCAGCGAAGAGUAUGAAGUAUUGACAGAUGAUGAUUAUUAUUUGACAAUAAACAGAAUUCCUUACGGAAGGAGUCAUCUUACAGUCAGAGGUCCAAAGCCUGUUGUCUUCUUGCAGCAUGGACUGUUUGGGGAAGCUAGCCAUUGGGUUGAAAAUAUGGCCAACAACAGCCUUGGUUUCAUCUUAGCGGAUGCCGGUUAUGAUGUCUGGCUGGGAAACAACAGAGGAACAAGCUGGUCUCGGAAACACCAGAAUCUAACAGCUGAUGAUGAAGACUACUGGAAUUUCAGUUUCCAUGAAAUGGCCAUGCAUGAUCUUCCAGCAAUGAUAAAUUUCGUUUUGAAGAAAACUAGACAGAAACAACUGUAUUAUGUUGGAUAUUCUCAAGGAUGUACAAUUGGUUUCAUAGCUUUUUCAGCCAUGCCAGAGCUGUCUCGAAAAAUCAAAAUGUUUUUUGCUUUGGCUCCUGUGAUUACAAUAAAGCAUGCUAGAAGCCCUACACUGAAACUGUUAUCCUCACUUCCUGACUACUCACCCAAGGAUAUCCUUGCCAGUAGAGACUUUAUACUGUCACGCAAACCCAUGAAAGACCUGACCACUAAGUUAUGCAGCAACAUAUUGAUGCAGAAAUUCUGUGGAAAUCUCAUCUUCUUUUCAGGUGGAUUCAAUGCAACCAAUCUAAACAUGAGCCGAAUAGAUGUGUAUGCAGCUCGCUAUCCAGAUGGAACAUCAGUUAAAAACAUUUUACACUGGAAACAGACGAGAGAAUCAGGAUUAUUCCGGUAUUUUGAUUACGGGAGUGACAAUCAGGUGAAAUAUAACCAGAGCUAUCCUCCUUCAUACAAAGUAGAAGACAUGGUUCUACCAACUGCAGUAUGGUCUGGCGGAAAUGACUUGAUUGCCAGCCGAGAAGAUACGGCGGUCUUACUUUCACGUAUUACUAAUCUAGUUUACCAACACGAAUUAUCUGACUGGAACCACUGGGAUUUCAUCUGGGGUCUCAGUGCACCCAAACAGAUAUAUUGCAAAAUCCUUCAGUUGAUGAAGAAGGAUCAAUAAAUAAUUUGUCACAAUAAGUUUAAUUCAAUAGCUGUUGUUUGAGUGUUAGACUACAACUCUGGAGAUGAGGGACUGAAUCCCUGCUCAGGCAGGAAACCUACUGGGU